UUGCACAUCGGACUGUAAACAUGAGUGAGCCAAACAACCACUGCAGCAUUCAGCUGUGUUUACAUCGCUCAAACACAGCGAGGAACUGAUGCACAAUUUCUUCAUUAAAUCUUUCAAGUAAACACUAAUUCAAACAGUAAAUGUCUCGUAAGUUACGCGAUUGGGAUGUUUUUCGGAAACACAUGUAACAUUAGGCAUUUUACGAUGUGAAUGGAUGUUGUUUACGUUAGUGCGUCAUAUAUGUCACACCCUGCCGUUGCUGUCUAAAGGUGAAAUUCAUCAGAAAGGUGGCUGGUGAGCCGUAUCACCCCAUCAAGAUGAGCCAAGAUGUCCCCAUCCAUAGUUGGCCUGGCUCUUAUUACAUCAACAAUGAAAAACGUUGGGUCAGCGGCACCCUUUCUUUAACCCGCACAACUCUGCGAUUCACCUCUGAGCAGAACCAGGAGAGUCUGGCUGGUUUGCGGCUCUCACGCAUCAUGGAGAUCAAGAUGGAGUCCUCGAGCUUCAUUUUCAGUUCGCUCACUGUGUUGGAGCAGGGAAACAUUAAGCACUGGUUCAGCUCCCUUAGGCCCUGUCGUGCGACUGUUUACCAUGUGCUGGAGCACUUUUGGAGAGAACGGCUGCUGUCACCCACAGCACCCCAGGGAGCCGAAGCUCCCCUAAGUAAAGGCCAGGAGCUGAUCAACCUAAUAUCUGGAGCUCAGCGGAGGCUUGAUGACACUGGAAAAGUUCUGUACCACCAGGGAGAGCAGUUUGACAACAUGAUUCAAGGCCUGGACAAGAUUGAUUCAGAUCUGAAUGUGGCUGAUAAACUACUCACUGAACUUGAGUGCCCGUCUUGGUGGCCUUUUGGCAGACUACCAUGGAAGUGCCAUCAGGACGCCAAAUCUGAGGCAGCUGCCAAGUCAGCCUACACCAAAGGAUCAGGCAAGGGCCAAAAAAUCAUAACCAGCAUUCCAGCCAUCGUCUCCCAUGGUGGGAACUCUGGGGACAUGAAACCAGGCAGCCUGACGGUGUUGGUCUCUUCCCUGGAGGUUCGAGAAGCAAACGGACAACUCCUCCAUCGCUUUGAGAGAGAAGAGGUGGACGAUAUCCGCGUACACAACCCCUACGAGAUAAGCAUCCGACAGCGCUUCAUCGGCAAGCCUGACAUCUGUUAUCGAGUUCUGUCUGCCAAAAUGGUGGAAGCUUUGUCUGUACUAGAGAUGCAGUACAAGAAGAAAAUUGAGUUUACCCGGGACUACGCCGCGUUUCAGAUGACCCCAGCGACGACACCAGGCAGCCCGGAUGGUGCAGGAAACAUCUGGAGUGCAGGUACAGAAGGAGGGAUAAUUUCUUUGAGUUUCAAGAACAUAUGCUACAGUCAUGGGCAGGAGACAGAUGUACCAGUGGAGGUGCCUGCUGGUGAACUGACUCAACUGCAGCUACAAGUGCUGCAGCCCACUGUAACCGAAGCAGAAGCACAGGAGCUCAAACAGAUGCUACAGCAACUGAAGACUCUGGCCCUGGAGGCUGAGACAGAGCUGGAACGACAGGACGAGGCUCUUGAUGUACUGAGCUCUUCUUCUGAUCACGCCACCAUGAAUAUAAACAGACACACUCGCCGCAUGAGGAAACUGCUGUGAUCUCCUGAACUUUUGGUCACGCGAUGAACUGUAAGAUAUAUACGCAGGUACACAAUAAUAUAAAAAGGCAAAUAUUUCCCAGUAGAAGAGUACUUCCGCUUAAUAAGUUAAUAGUAUUCGUUUCAUCUUUAUGAGUGAGGUGUGGCUAUUCAGAAAGCUGCACUUGGUCACUGAUUUCUGAUAGCAAUACUAAACAUCAGCCGUAAUGCGAGCUUUGUGUUAAAGCAGUGAUGCAUUUUAGAGGCUAGAUAACAACAGUCACCCAAUGAGAAUGUGUACUCUAUGUGUAGCGAUUGAGUAAAUCACUACUAAACCGUAACAUAAAAAAUUCAAGAUGGUGUAACAUCAGGCUACCUUGAGACUUUAAUAGCCUUUUGUGUGUUGAAAACAGCAUGAUAGCAUGUUACUCAUUUGUUAUAAAUUUUGAAAGCAGUAUGCAUCAGAGGUCUUCACGGGUCCACGUAUAACCGAAAACCUGAGGUCCAACAAGAGACCCCGAGCAGGUUCGGGUCUAAAGCUGCAUCCCAAUUCACCUACGAAUGCUAUGCCCUAAUAGUAUGUAGGGUUGUAUUGAUAAAUUGCGUGUCCCAUUAAAGGGCUAGUUAGGCCAAAAAUGAUAUUAAACCCAUGAUUUACUCACCCCCAAGCUGUCCGAGUUGCAUAUGUCCAUUGUUUUUCAGACAAACACAUUUUCGGAUAUUUUAGAAAAUGUUUUAGAUCUUUCAGUUGAUUAAAUGUAAUGUUACGGGGUCCACCCAUAGUCCACGAACUUCAAGUCCAAAAAAGUGCGUCCAUCCUUCACAAAAUAAAUCCAAACGGCUCCAGGAUGAUAAACAAAGGUCUUCUGAGGGUAAUCCGCGCGGUGUUGUUGUAGAAAUAUCCAUAUUUAAAACAUUAUUAACGAAAAUAAAUACCUUCCGGUAGCGCCGCCCUCUUAGUCGCGUCCGCAUAAAUUUUUUAUUUUUAAAUGUUAGUUCCUUGAGGGCUUAAACAAUGAUUGAAAAUUGUAGCGGAGGAUGAGAAAAUUGGUCUUGGACACAUUUAUAUUCCUUAUUAUUGUCUCUACAUUUACCAAUGAUCACCAAAUAGCACAUGUUUCUUUACUGUAAAUGUUUAUAGUAUAACAUGCACUGAAGCUUUUUAUUUUUUAGAUUUUUUAAUUAAAAGUAUUUUCAUGUCAAAGAACCCAAAUCCAGUCAUGGACACGUUGCGGUAAUGAAAAUUUCCCCAUAAAUGUGGAAAAAACAACAAAAAUUUUUUGUAUGAUGUCAUUUGAAAUCAUGUGCAAAAUAUUACAUGAAAAGAUGUUUGUAACUGUCUGCUUCUUAUUUUGAUACUCUUACUUUGCAUUUACUUUUUUUAUCAAAAUGUUUCAUGACACCUUAUAAGUCUAAUUUCGCGAGAAUCACCCAAGAGCACUUGCGACGUCAUGUGACUUAGCGGUAGGUUAAUUUUCGUUGAGCUAGACUUGUUAAUCAAUUUUUAAUGCAAAUUGUAAUGGUACCUUGGUGUCAUCAUCAGCUAACAAAUGGAGCCGGAGGCCAAAUUGGUUGCGAGGCCACCGGGGUUUCUUUCUGUCUGCCUGGUGCGUGCCGGCCUGAAGACUGCACACACAUCUGUGCCAUGUACAUACCGGCCACUGGGUCAGGUUGGACUCGGGUCUAACUUUGUCAGGUUUGUCUCGGGCCUUUAAAAAAAAGAAAAGAUUUAUGCACAUAGGUUCGGGAAAACAGUAAUUUGGGUCAUUUUGGAUCGGGUACCCGAGAAGACCUCUAGUAUGCAUAGUUUAUUGUGGUAUAGGUGUAGUUGACAAUUGGCAAUGAAGCACAUGUUUACACAAUGCUAAAAAAUAAUAAUUUUCUGCAUCACAUUUUGCAUGGCCUCUAUUCUUUGAAAAGAAACAAGAAACUGUGAGCGUUAUGUUUAUAUAAAAUCUGAAUGUUUCAUAUAUGUUUUUUUGUUCGAUUAUGCACUUUAUCUCAGGCGUAACCCUGUGUAAUUACAUGACAAUUACAUGCGUGCUGAAUUUAAAUUACAUUGUUGAUUCCCAUAAACCCAUAAUGCUGUAUUUAUUUACUGUAUUCUUUGUGAUUAAGGCAACUGUAUAAUAAACUAAAACUUAUAUUUUU